AUGAAGUUCCGCGACGGCAUGUGGCAGUCGGGCCACGACAUGGCGUUGGAGUACGCCGAGGAGGUGCACCAGAUCAGACAGACGGAAAAGGGGAUGCGGCUCCUCUGCCCGACGCGCAAGAUCAUGGGCAGAGGAGACACGCUGAACCGGUCGGUUUUGACGAUUGACAUAGAAGCCGAGUUCGACGGCGUCGUGUCGGUGGAGACGACGCACUGGUCCGGCGAGGCCCGGCGCGGCCCGCACUUUGAACUGUACCCAGACGGCAGGCCCCCGGUCAGGGGCGAGGUGAGCAAGAGCGACUCCGGCACCACGCUGAGCUCGGGGUCGCUGUCGGUGACGGUGUCGUCGGAGCCGCACACGUUUGAGGUCAGAUUCCACGGCAACUCCAACAACAGCAACAACAACAACAGCAACAACAACAACAACAGCGAGGCGCUGCUCACGUCGCUCCUGGACCGCAGCGUCGGCAUCGCAUACAACCCGGCGACGGUGCCGCAGACGAGGCUCGAGGACAUGCGCGGGGUGCGGCACCACGUGUUCACGCAGACGACGCUGUCGGUGGGCGAGUCGGUGUAUGGCUUCGGGGAGCGGUUCGGGGCCUUCAACAAGGUCGGGCAGCAGGUGGUCAUGUGGAACGCCGACGGCGGCACCAGCAGCGAGCUGGCGUACAAGAACGUGCCGUUUUGGAUCAGCUCGCGCGGCUACGGCGUCUUUGUCGACUCGCCCGACCGCGUCGAGUUCGAGGUCGGCAGCGAGCGCAGCUGCAGGGUGCAGACCAGCGUCGAGGCGCAGCGCCUCAAGUGGUUUAAGUAUGCGGUGCUGGCCGGCAAGGGGGCGGGCGUGCCGGCGUGGAGCUACGGGCUGUGGCUGAGCACGAGCUUCACGACCGACUACGACGAGGAGACGGUGCGGGGGUUCCUGGAGGGGAUGAGGGAGCGGAGGAUCGCGGUGGAUGUGUUCCACUACGACUGCUUCUGGAUGAAGGAGUUUACGUGGACCGACUUUGUGUUUGAUGCGGAAAAGUUCCCGGACCCAAAGGCCAUGAUUGCGAGGUUCAAGGAGGGGGGUCUGCUCAAGAAGGUCUGCUGCUGGAUCAACCCGUACAUUGCGGAGCACGGGGCGAUUUUCCAGGAGGCGGCGGAGAAGGGGUACCUGCUCAAGAGGAAGAAUGGGGUGGAUGUUUGGCAGUGGGAUCUGUGGCAGGCUGGCAUGGCCCUCGUCGACUUUACAAACCCAGACGCCUGCAAGUGGUACGCCGACUGCCUGGACAAGCUCCUCGAGACGGGCGUCGACGCCAUCAAGACGGACUUUGGCGAGCGCAUCCCCUGGCAGGACGUGCAGUGGCACGACGGGUCGGUCGACCCGCGGCGCAUGCACAACUACUACGCGUUCCUGUACAACCGGUGCGUGUACGAGGCCAUGGAGCGGCGCCGCGGGCCGGGGCAGGCGGUGCUGUUUGCGCGGGCGGCGACGGCGGGCACGCAGCGCUUCCCGCUGGUCUGGGGCGGCGACUGCGAGAGCACGGCCGAGGGCAUGGCCGAGUCGGUGCGCGGCGGCCUGUCGCUGGGCCUGGCCGCCUACCCCUUUUGGUCCGUCGACAUUGGCGGCUUCGAGGGCCGCCCGCCGCCCUGGAUCUACAAGCGCUGGGUCGCCUUUGGCCUGCUGUGCAGCCACAGCCGCCUGCACGGCUCCGCCUCGUACCGCGUGCCCUGGCUGAUCGACCACGACGACCGCGCGCCCGACGGCUGCUCCGCCACCCUGAGCUCCUUCACCGCCCUCAAGAACCGCCUCAUGCCCUACCUGCUGGCCCAGGCCGCCCGCGCCGUCGACGCCGGCCUGCCGCUGUCGCUGCGCGCCACCCUGCUCGAGUUCCCCGACGACCCCACCGCCUGGUUCCUGGACCGCCAGUUCAUGCUGGGCGAGUCGCUGCUCGCCGCGCCCGUGUUUGACCAGUCGGGCGAGGUGCAGUUCUACCUGCCCCGGGGCGCCUGGACCUGCUUCUUCACGGGGAGGAGGAGGCUGGGCCCCGGCUGGUUCAGGGAGAGGCACCGCUUCGGGACGCUGCCGCUGUAUGUUCGGCCGGGGACCGUCUUGUUGCUGCGACAGGACGUGGGCUUCGAGGAGAGCGUGAGGGACGGCGCCGUCUAUGACUUUGCCGACCGGGUCGAGGUGCGGCUGUACGAGGUCAAGGAAAAGGAUGGCGCCGAUGUCGUCGGGGCUGAUGGUCAAGUCGUCGGCAGGUUGGAGGUGGGAGAGGAUGGUGAAACUUUGAGCGGGCUGCAUCUGCUUCAGGGGGAAACCCUGAUUCGGGAGCCUGGGUUUGGUGACCAGAACAUCCAAGAGUCGGGGAUCGAAUGCUUGACUGAGUGA